UCGUCCUCUCCGAAGCGAGAAGUACAAAGAGGGGAAGCCAAGAGAGAGGGGGAGAGAGAGAGAGAAAGUUUGGUGGACGAACUCUGCUUCGAAUCCCAGACGCUUCGCUUUCACGCUUCCCUUCCUCCAGCUCCUUCUUCGACCUCCCUCCCCACCUACUCCUGAUUCUUCCCUUUCCCGACCAUUUCCUUCUCUGGAACUUCUACAUUUGCCUUCUCCUAUUUCAUUCGAAAUCUCUCCCUCUUUCCCUUUGUCUCGCGCUCAGAUUUUGGUUUGAAACCUUAUUAUUAUUGUUCUUUUUUGCUCUUGGACUUGAUUCAUCGGUCUGGUUUCUAUUUUCUGGUAAUCGAUUGAAAUGUCCGGGUCUUGAUUCUUUUCCCAGGGGAUUCUUCUUCUUUUUCGUGUUGAUUCUUUCGUAAUAUAUCACAAUUUGUUGUGAUCGAUUUCGCUGCCCUGGUUCAUUUGCUCCAGUGGAAUUUUAUGCGUUCCUUUUGCGUUUUUCUUCGCUGAUACUUUUCUGUCGUUCGACUCUUUUCCUUCGUGCUGGUGUUUUCUCUCUGUUUAUGGUUCCCUUCGUCAGAAUUAUUUCCUCGUUGGAGUUCGCGAGUCUGUGCAGUUCGUGAUCGCAAUCUUAGUUCUUUGUCAAUCGGACUGGUUGUCCAUUUGAUUUUUCCUUUUUGGGGGAGGGGAUUCGAGGGUCUUGUGUCGUGUGAAUGGGGAACGAAGGACCGUUCGAUAUCGAGGGAAAGGCGACCCCGCAUCGAGGCGGGAACGUGGUUCAUCCGGUCGAGGGCAACACGGGAGUGUAUGCCGUUAUUGAUCCUCAGCCUCCCCGGAGUUGGUUCCCUUGGCUCAUUCCCGUGUUCGUGCUUGCCAAUGUCGCCGUCUUUGUGAUCACCAUGUACGUUAAUAACUGCCCGAAGAAGACCGGGAACUGUGUUGUUGGGUUCUUGGGCAGAUUCGCGUUUCAGCCAAUGAAGGAGAACCCAUUACUUGGACCUUCUUCCAUGACUCUCGAUAAAAUGGGAGCUCUUGUGGUCAGCAAGGUGGUGCAGGGACAUCAGGGGUGGCGUCUCAUAACCUGUAUUUGGUUGCAUGCUGGAGUUUUCCAUAUACUUGCAAAUAUGCUAAGUCUUCUCUUCAUUGGAAUACGACUUGAGCAAGAAUUUGGUUUUGUGAAAAUUGGCAUUUUAUAUAUUUUUGCUGGAUUUGGUGGGAGCCUUUUGUCUGCCCUCUUCAUCCAAUCAAGCAUUUCCGUAGGUGCCUCAGGGGCACUUUUUGGUCUACUAGGAGCUAUGCUUUCUGAGCUUAUCACAAAUUGGACAAUCUAUGCAAAUAAGUUUGCAGCUUUGUUGACUCUCGUGUUUAUCAUUGCAAUCAAUCUAGCAGUGGGUAUCCUUCCUCAUGUUGACAACUUUGCUCAUAUUGGAGGUUUUAUUUCCGGAUUUCUUCUUGGAUUUGUGUUUCUGGUUAAGCCUCAAUAUGGAUGGGUAAGCCGAAGACAUGUACCUCGUGGAUAUAAUAGGCCAUCCGUCAAGUCAAAACACAAGGCCUAUCAAUACAUACUAUUGAUAGUUUCGUCUCUCCUCUUAAUUAUCGGGUAUUCUGUCGGUUUGGCUAUGCUUUUUCGUGGUGUGAAUGGAAAUGAUCACUGUUCCUGGUGCCAAUACUUAAGCUGCGUGCCUACUUCCAGAUGGAGCUGCAAAGCUCAAAACAUUACUUGCUCGUCCUUACAGUCAGAUAGUCAGUUGAGCUUGACGUGCUUGAACAAUGGGAGAAUGAAUUCUUAUUCUUUGGCAAAUGCGACACAAACUCAGAUAACAUCUCUUUGCUCUCAGCUAUGUAGUUGAUAGGACUGCCAUUGAGGAGAAAGGUUGGGGUUUUUCAGACUGGCGGCAAUUGAAGAAGACCUUCAUUCUGCAAUGAAGACAGAUAUGCACCAUGUGCUGACGUACAGCAGGUGCAUGCGUGCUUUCUUCUCUGCCAUCAUGAUUUGAUUCCAUUUCUUAUAAUGGGGUAAACCAGUUUUAGAUGUAUAUUUUUACUGGAUAGUAGCUGAAAACGGUUCCAUUUUUAGCUUAUGUAAGAUAGCAAUUCUUUUGCAUCUUUA